GCCAAGUCCCGCAUCAUCAACGUGCGCCUGAUCUCAAUGGCCAUGACGGGUUACUUCUACACCUUCACCCGUCCCCGUACCUCGCUGCCCAUGAGCAUGCUGAAAUACGAUCCGAUCGUUCGCCGCAAGGUCCUCUUCCUCGAACAGAAACGCAAGGGCAGGUCAUAG